GCAGCCAUGCGCUCUGGAGGAGUGGGCCUCCCUGGGGCCGGCUGGCCUCUGCCUCUCCUGCUGCGGCUCAUCCUGGGAGCCAUGGCUCAGGACUUCCCGCCCCAGAUCCUGGUCCACCCUGAGGACCAACUAUUCGAGGGCCCUGGCCCUGUCACAAUGAGCUGCCGAGCGUCCGGCCAGCCGCCUCCCACCAUCCGCUGGCUGCUGAAUGGGCAGCCAUUGAGCAUGGUGCCCCCAGACCUACACCACCUGCUACCGGAUGGAACCCUCCAGCUGCUGCGGCCCCCUGCCCGGGGACGAGCCCACGAUGACCAGGCCCUGUCCACCGCCCUGGGUGUCUACACUUGUGAAGCCAGCAAUCAGCUGGGCACCGCAGUCAGUCGGGGAGCUCUGCUGUCUGUGGCUGUACUCCGUGAGGAUUUUCAGAUCCAGCCUCGGGACACGGUGGCUGUGGUGGGUGAGCAGGUGAUUCUGGAGUGUGGGCCCCCCUGGGGCUACCCAGAGCCCAUCGUCUCAUGGUGGAAAGAUGGGAAACCCUUGGCCCUCCGGCCGGGGCAGCACAUGGUUUCCAGGGGCUCCCUGCUGAUGGUGAGAGCAGAGAGGAGCGACGCAGGGAUCUACAUGUGUGUGGCCACCAACAGUGCAGGAAAAAGGGAGAGCCGGGCAGCCAGGGUGUCCAUACAGGAGUCCCAGGACCACAAGGAGCCUCUGCAACUUCUAGCUGUGCGCAUUCAGCUGGAAAACGUGACACUGCUGACCCCAGACCCCACAAAGCGCCCUGAACCUGGGCCUGUUGUGUGGCUCAGCUGGAAGGUGAGCGGCCCUGCUGCACCUGCUCAGUCCUACACGGCCUUGUUCAGGACCCAGACAGCCCCAGGAGGCCAGGGAGCAGCAUGGGCAGAGGCACUGCUGGCCGGAUGGCAGAGCGCAGAGCUUGGGGGCCUCCGGUGGGGCCAAGACUACGAGUUCAAGGUGAGACCGUCCUCCGGCCGGGCUCGAGGCCCCGACAGCAACGUGCUGCUCCUGAGGCUGCCAGAACGAGUGCCCAGUGCUCCACCCCAGGAGGUGACUCUGAAACCUGGCAAUGGCAGUGUCCUUGUGAGCUGGGUCCCACCACCUGCUGAAAACCACAACGGCAUCAUCCGUGGCUACCAGAUCUGGAGCCUGGGCAACACCUCAUUGCCCCCAGCUAACUGGACCGUGGUGAGCGAGCAGACGCAGCUGGAGAUUGCCACCCGAUCGCCAGGCUUCUACUGUGUGCAAGUGGCCGCGGUCACUGGGGCCGGGGCUGGGGAGCCCAGUAGCCCUGUCUGCCUCCUUUUGGAGCAGACCAUGGAGCAAGCCGCCUGGGAACCCAGUGAGCAUAGUUUCUGGACCCUGGAGCAACUGAAGGCCACCUUCACGCGACCAGAGGUCAUCGCCACUGGGGCUGUUGUGUUGUGGUUCCUGCUGCUGGGCAUUGCUGUGUGUAUCCACCGCCGGCGCCGAGCGGGGGUGCACCUGGGCCCAGGUCUGUACAGAUAUACCAGCGAGGAUGCUAUCCUAAAACACAGGAUGGACCACAGUGACUCCCCUUGGUUGGCAGACACCUGGCGAUCCACCUCAGGCUCUCGGGACCUCAGUAGCAGCAGCAGCCUCAACAGCCGGUUGGGAGUGGACCCACGGGACCCACUAGACUGUCGCCGCUCCUUGAUCUCCUGGGACCCCCGAAGCCCCGGGGUGCCCCUGCUUCCAGACACCAGCACGUUUUAUGGCUCCCUCAUCGCUGAGAUGCCCUCCAGUCCCCCAACCCGGCCAAGCCCCCAGACCCCAGCUGCCAGGCGCCUCCCACCCCAGCUGGCCCGGCUCUCCAGCCCCUGGCCCAGCUCAGACAGCCUCUGCAGCCGCAGGGGACUCUCUUCUCCGCGUUUGUCUUUGGCCCCUGCAGAGGUUUGGAAGGCCAAAAAGAAGCAGGAGCUGCACCAAGCUAACAGCUCCCCGCUGCUUCGGGCCAGCCACCCCAUGGAGCGCUGGGCCUGGGAGCUGGGAAACAGGGGCUCCAAGAACCUUUCCCAAAGCCCAGGAGCUGUGCCCCGAGCUCUGGUUGCCUGGCGGGCCCUGGGACCACAGCUCCUCAGCUCCUCGAAUGAGCUGGCCACUCGGCCUCUCCCUCCAGCACCCCUCUCUCCACGUGGAACCCCUCCUCAGAGUCAACAGAGACAGCACUUGUUGGAGCCCCAGGCCGCCUCCUCCGUCCCGUUGCCAGCAGCCCCCAGCCCCAUCCUUGACUCCUCCAGGCCCACCAGCCCCCAGGCCUCUUCCCUCUCUGGUCCCAGCCCAGCUUCCAGUCGCCUGUCCAGCUCCUCACUGUCAUCGCUGGGGGAGGAUCAGGACAGUGUGCUGACCCCUGAGGAGGUAGCCCUGUGCCUGGAGCUCAGUGAGGGCGAGGAGACCCCCAGGAACAGUGUCUCGCCUAUGCCAAGGGCUCCUUCGCCCCCCACCACCUAUGGCUACAUCAGCGUUCCGACAGCCUCAGGGCUGGCAGACAUGGGCAGAGCCAGGGAAGGGAUGGGGUCUGAGGUAGGGGGCUUGUUGUGCCCACCUCGGGCCUGCCUCACACCCACCCCCAGCGAGGGCUCCCUGGCCAAUGGUUGGGGCUCAGCCUCUGAGGACAACGCCCCCAGUGCCAGAGCCAGUUUGGUCAGCUCCUCCGAUGGCUCCUUCCUUGCCGAUGCCCACUUUGCCCGCACCCUGGCAAUGGCUGUGGAAAGCUUUGGUUUUGGUCUGGAGCCCAGGGAGGCAGACUGCGUCUUCACAGAUGUCUCCUUGCCUCCCUCCCCACGGGGCGAUCUCUCCCUGCCCCGGUGGGAGUGGAGGCCAGACUGGUUGGAGGACUUGGAAAUCAACCACAGCCAACGUCUGGGAAGGGGACUGCCUCCCUGGCCCCCUGACUCCCGGCUCGCCUCCCGGAGAAGUCAGCUCAGCUGCCCUGUGCCCACGCCUGGCGUUUCUCCUGUAGACUCCUCCUGACUUGUGUCCCUGCGACUGCCAAGCAGAAUCAGAACCUCCUCUGCAGUCGGCUCCCAAGCUGGCGUGGGGGUCUUGGGCUAUGCAUCUCUGCAGAUGGGAUCCACCUUCCCCAGCCUCCAGGGAGCUCUCCCUCUUGGACUGUGAAAGCAAAUGAAAGCAAAACAAGAUAAAAGCAAAGCUGAACUGGAGUCCUCUGCGCCUGACUCCCAACCACUGCUGUCUCCCCUGUCCCAGCCACUCCCUUGACCAGGGCGUUUCAGGCUUGGCCCUGUUUCCUACUCUCCCCACUGACUUGGGUCACAGGAAAUGGGGGAGCCAGAGGGUCUUCGUGGAGGACAACAGCGCCUGGUAGAGGGCUGUGGAGGUAGUGGCUGAGGGGAGGGAGCUGAGAGAAUGUGGGAUCAAAGCACUCCCGCUGACCGUUGUCACUGUACA